AUUUCAGUAUUCUGUGUGUUAUGCUUUGAGUUUGUUUUCUAGGAAUAGGGAUGAGUGUUUAGUGUGUGCAUGUGUGUAUUUGUACAAAACAUGUUGGGCUCUGGUUGCGUCCACAAUUUAACAUGUUUAAACAUACAAAUAUGGCCACCUCAAUCCAAUAGGAUAAAAUUGGGUUUCUUGUUAUAAAAACAGGCUCUAAUUUCUUUUCUUAUCAAGAAGAAUUCUGGAACUUUAUAAGCUCCUGGAGAGCAGGAAUUAUGUUUUAUUCAUCAGUCAAUAGAGAGAAUUAGGUUAAGAAGAUUUAAAAGAUCAGUUAUAAAAUGUUUUAACUCCACAACUUUCUUAUAUUUGUAUUACCCAUAGUGUCUUUAAUGUACCACUGCAUCAUGCUUGGUUCCGGGAAAUUCAGCAAUCUCCCCCAACCCAAACACACACGCACACACAGACACACACACACACACAGACACACACACACACACACACACACACACAAAGCUCAGUCUCUGGCUUUAAGAAGCUCUUGGCCUGUCGAAAAUAGACAGCUGGGUAAACGUGCAAUUGUGAAACAGUGUUACGGGUGCUAUGUCAGAAAGGCUCAGUGGAAAGGGGAGGCACAGAAGAGGGACAGGUCUGUUACCUGGUUGCUGGGGAGCCUGCUCACAAGGCUUUAUAACAGAAAUCAUCCUUGAGCUGAGUUUUGAAAGAUUAUCGUCUGGAAUCAAGUGAAUAACAUCUUAAAAAUAUAACUUUCUUACAUUUACCUUAGGAUAUUAAUAGCUAAUCCUGUUCCUUGAGUAACCUCUUCGCCAGCUAAAAUGUGCCUCUUCAGGUUCAGAGACAUUCAAGGAUGUUAUAGUUUUCUCAUUACGCACUGUAUCUGCUCUGUGUUGAAGUACCUGUAGGAAGAAAAUUAAGUGUAGGUUUUGUGUGUGGGUUGAGAGCCUUUGGGACUGCGGGUGUGUCAAAAACCAACCAGCAGUGUCCCCAAAUCAUUCGAGUCCCUGGCAUGUUUUUUUCAAGGCUUUCUUCCUUGUAACCGGUCCCUGAUGGUAAUUGGUUGAAUCAGAUUGAACAAUGCAGUCAGAUAAACAGUUGUGGCAGCUGCUGCCAUGGCAACGUCACCGUCCUCACCCUCCCAGUGCGCGCCCCUUCCCCACCCCUCCUCCUCCAGCUUUCCUCCAGUAAGUGCAUACUCGCUAGUGGUCUGGACAGGCGGCAGGGUUUAAUGGCAGCGCUGUUUUCUUUCCAAACUGUUCAAAAUGAUGAACGAAGAUGCAGCUCAGAAAAGCGACAGUGGAGAGAAGUUCAAUGGCAGUAGUCAGAGAAGAAAAAGACCCAAAAAGUCUGACAGCAAUGCAAGCUUCCUCCGUGCUGCCAGAGCAGGCAACUUAGACAAAGUAGUGGAAUAUCUCAAGGGGGGCAUAGACAUCAAUACCUGCAACCAGAAUGGACUCAACGCUCUCCAUCUGGCUGCCAAGGAAGGCCAUGUGGGGCUGGUUCACGAGCUACUGGGAAGAGGGUCCGCUGUGGAUUCUGCCACUAAGAAAGGAAAUACUGCCCUUCACAUUGCAUCUUUGGCUGGACAAGCAGAAGUUGUCAAAGUUCUCGUUAAGGAAGGAGCCAAUAUUAACGCACAGUCUCAGAAUGGCUUCACUCCUUUAUACAUGGCUGCCCAAGAGAACCACAUUGAUGUUGUAAAAUAUUUGCUGGAAAAUGGAGCUAAUCAGAGCACUGCUACUGAGGAUGGCUUUACGCCCCUAGCGGUGGCACUCCAGCAAGGACACAACCAGGCAGUGGCCAUCCUCUUGGAGAAUGACACCAAAGGGAAAGUAAGGCUGCCAGCUCUGCAUAUUGCAGCUAGGAAAGAUGACACCAAAUCUGCUGCACUCCUGCUUCAGAACGAUCACAACGCUGACGUACAAUCCAAGAUGAUGGUGAAUAGGACAACCGAGAGUGGUUUCACCCCUUUGCACAUCGCUGCCCACUAUGGAAACGUCAACGUGGCAACUCUUCUUCUAAACCGGGGAGCUGCUGUGGACUUCACAGCCAGGAAUGGAAUCACUCCUCUGCAUGUGGCUUCCAAAAGGGGAAACACAAACAUGGUGAAGCUCUUACUGGAUCGUGGUGGUCAGAUCGAUGCCAAAACCAGGGAUGGCUUGACGCCCCUUCAUUGCGCUGCAAGAAGUGGACAUGACCAAGUGGUGGAGCUUCUGCUGGAGCGGGGGGCUCCCUUGCUGGCAAGGACGAAGAAUGGGCUGUCUCCGCUUCACAUGGCUGCCCAAGGAGACCACGUGGAAUGUGUGAAGCACCUGCUGCAGCACAAGGCGCCUGUUGAUGACGUCACCCUGGACUACCUGACGGCCCUCCACGUUGCCGCACACUGUGGUCACUACCGUGUAACCAAACUCCUUCUGGACAAGAGAGCCAAUCCAAACGCCAGAGCCCUGAAUGGUUUUACUCCACUGCACAUUGCCUGCAAGAAAAACCGCAUCAAAGUCAUGGAACUGCUGGUGAAAUAUGGGGCUUCAAUCCAAGCUAUAACAGAGUCUGGCCUCACACCAAUACAUGUGGCUGCCUUCAUGGGCCACUUGAACAUUGUCCUACUUCUGCUGCAGAAUGGAGCCUCUCCAGAUGUCACUAACAUUCGUGGGGAGACUGCACUGCACAUGGCAGCCCGGGCGGGGCAGGUGGAAGUGGUCCGAUGCCUCCUGAGAAAUGGUGCCCUUGUCGAUGCCAGAGCCAGGGAGGAACAGACGCCUUUGCAUAUUGCCUCUCGCCUGGGUAAGACAGAAAUUGUUCAGCUGCUUCUACAACAUAUGGCUCACCCAGAUGCGGCCACUACAAAUGGGUACACACCACUGCACAUCUCUGCCAGGGAAGGCCAGGUAGACGUGGCAUCAGUCCUGCUGGAAGCAGGAGCCGCCCACUCCUUAGCUACCAAGAAGGGUUUCACACCCUUGCACGUAGCAGCCAAGUAUGGAAGCCUGGAUGUGGCAAAACUCCUCUUACAACGCCGUGCUGCUGCAGAUUCUGCAGGGAAGAAUGGCCUUACCCCGCUCCAUGUUGCUGCUCAUUAUGACAACCAGAAGGUGGCGCUGCUGUUACUGGAGAAGGGUGCUUCCCCUCAUGCCACUGCCAAGAAUGGCUAUACUCCUUUACAUAUUGCUGCCAAGAAGAAUCAAAUGCAGAUAGCUUCCACACUCCUGAACUAUGGAGCAGAGACGAACAUUGUGACAAAGCAAGGAGUCACUCCACUCCAUCUGGCCUCGCAAGAGGGGCACACAGAUAUGGUCACCUUGCUUCUGGAUAAGGGAGCAAAUAUCCACAUGUCAACCAAGAGUGGACUCACAUCCUUACACCUUGCAGCCCAGGAAGAUAAAGUGAAUGUUGCUGAUAUUCUCACCAAGCAUGGGGCUGACAAGGAUGCUCACACAAAGCUUGGUUACACUCCUUUAAUUGUGGCCUGUCACUAUGGAAACGUGAAAAUGGUCAACUUUCUUCUGAAGCAGGGAGCAAAUGUCAAUGCAAAAACCAAGAACGGCUACACGCCUUUGCACCAGGCCGCCCAGCAGGGCCACACGCACAUCAUCAACGUCCUGCUGCCGCACGGGGCCAAGCCCAACGCCACCACCGCGAAUGGCAACACUGCCUUGGCGAUUGCUAAGCGUCUGGGCUACAUCUCCGUGGUGGACACCCUGAAGGUUGUAACCGAGGAGGUCACCACCACCACCACGACUAUCACUGAAAAACACAAGCUAAAUGUUCCUGAGACCAUGACUGAGGUUCUUGAUGUUUCUGAUGAAGAGGGUGAUGACACAAUGACAGGUGAUGGGGGAGAGUACCUUAGACCUGAGGAUCUAAAAGAACUGGGUGAUGACUCCCUACCUAGCAGUCAGUUCCUGGAUGGGAUGAAUUACCUGAGAUACAGCUUGGAGGGAGGACGCUCUGACAGCCUUCGAUCCUUCAGUUCCGACAGGUCUCACACCCUGAGCCAUGCCUCAUACCUGAGGGACAGUGCCAUGAUUGACGACACAGUUGUGAUCCCCAGUCACCAGGUGUCAACUCUAGCCAAGGAGGCAGAAAGGAAUUCUUAUCGUCUAAGCUGGGGCACUGAGAACUUAGACAACGUGGCUCUUUCUUCCAGCCCUAUUCAUUCAGGUUUCCUGGUUAGUUUUAUGGUGGACGCCCGAGGUGGUGCUAUGCGAGGAUGCAGACACAAUGGGCUCCGCAUCAUCAUUCCGCCUCGGAAAUGUACUGCCCCAACACGAGUCACCUGCCGACUGGUCAAACGCCAUAGACUGGCGACAAUGCCUCCAAUGGUGGAAGGAGAAGGCCUGGCCAGUCGCCUGAUUGAAGUCGGACCUUCGGGUGCUCAGUUCCUUGGUAAACUUCACCUGCCAACGGCUCCUCCCCCACUUAAUGAGGGAGAAAGUUUGGUCAGCCGCAUCCUUCAGCUGGGGCCUCCUGGAACCAAAUUCCUUGGGCCUGUGAUCGUGGAGAUCCCUCAUUUUGCUGCCCUUCGAGGAAAAGAGAGGGAACUGGUUGUCCUGCGCAGUGAGAAUGGGGACAGCUGGAAAGAGCAUUACUGCGAAUACACUGAAGAUGAACUGAAUGAAAUCCUUAAUGGCAUGGAUGAAGUGCUGGAUAGCCCGGAAGACCUAGAAAAGAAACGGAUCUGCCGCAUCAUCACCCGUGACUUCCCACAGUACUUUGCAGUGGUGUCUCGCAUCAAACAGGACAGCAACCUGAUUGGCCCAGAGGGAGGCGUGCUGAGCAGCACAGUGGUACCCCAGGUGCAGGCCGUCUUCCCAGAGGGGGCACUAACCAAGCGGAUCCGUGUAGGCCUACAGGCUCAACCUAUGCACAGUGAGUUGGUUAAGAAGAUCCUAGGCAACAAAGCUACCUUCAGCCCUAUAGUCACUUUGGAACCUAGAAGAAGAAAAUUUCACAAGCCAAUUACCAUGACCAUUCCUGUCCCCAAAGCUUCAAGUGAUGUCAUGUUGAAUGGUUUUGGGGGAGAUGCACCAACCUUAAGAUUACUAUGCAGCAUCACAGGUGGAACCACCCCUGCUCAGUGGGAAGAUAUCACAGGAACUACGCCAUUAACAUUUGUCAAUGAAUGUGUUUCCUUUACAACCAAUGUGUCUGCCAGGUUCUGGCUGAUAGAUUGUCGACAAAUCCAGGAGUCCGUUACCUUUGCAUCACAAGUGUAUAGAGAAAUUAUUUGUGUACCAUAUAUGGCCAAAUUUGUAGUGUUUGCCAAAUCACAUGACCCCAUUGAAGCCAGGUUGAGGUGUUUCUGCAUGACUGAUGAUAAAGUGGAUAAGACGCUUGAACAACAAGAAAACUUUGCUGAGGUGGCCAGAAGCAGGGAUGUGGAGGUAUUAGAAGGAAAACCCAUCUAUGUUGAUUGUUUUGGCAACCUGGUGCCAUUAACCAAGAGUGGCCAACAUCAUAUAUUCAGUUUUUUUGCCUUCAAAGAAAACAGACUCCCUCUCUUUGUCAAGGUACGUGAUACAACUCAGGAACCCUGCGGACGACUAUCAUUUAUGAAAGAGCCAAAAUCUACAAGAGGCCUGGUGCAUCAAGCUAUUUGCAACUUAAACAUCACCCUGCCAAUUUAUGCGAAGGAAUCAGAGUCAGAUCAAGAACAGGAGGAAGAGAUCGAUAUGACAUCAGAAAAAAAUGAUGAGACAGAAUCUACAGAAACAUCUGUCCUGAAAAGUCACCUGGUUAAUGAAGUUCCUGUCCUAGCAAGUCCGGACUUGCUCUCUGAAGUUUCUGAGAUGAAACAAGAUUUGAUCAAAAUGACUGCCAUCUUGACCACAGAUGGAUCCGAUAGGGCAGGUUCCCUCAAAGUGAAGGAGCUGGUGAAGGCUGCUGAGGAAGAGCCAGGGGAGCCUUUUGAAAUUGUUGAAAGAGUUAAAGAGGACUUAGAGAAGGUGAACAAAAUCCUGAGAAGCGGAACCUGCAUGAGAGAUGAAGACAGUGUGCCAAGGUCUCAGCCAGAGAGAGAAUUAGUGGAAGAGGAAUGGGUUAUUGUCAGUGAUGAGGAAAUAGAGGAGGCUAAGCAAAAAGCAUCUUUAGAAAUCACCGAAUACCCAUGUGCAGAAGUUAGAAUAGAGAAAGAGACCAAAGAAAAAGUAGAGAAAGACUCAACAGGGCUAGUGAACUACCUUACUGAGGAUCUAAAUUCCUACGUGUCUCCUCACAAAGAGCCACCGCAGACAGUGCAAGAUCUGGCAGGGGAGAAACGUGAGGCUCUGGGUCCUUGCAGGAGCUCUGAAAGCGAAGGGAAAGCUAAAGAAGCAUCUUCAGAGGAGACACAGAGUACACAGAAACAGCCCAAACCAAGCCUGGGCAUAAAGAAGCCAGUGAGAAGGAAAUUAAAAGAAAAACAAAAACAAAAAGAGGAUAGUUCACAAGCUAGUGCAGAAAAAACUGAACUUAAAAAAGGUAGUUCAGAAGAGUCAUUAGAUGAGGACCCAGGUUUAGCCCCCGAGCCUCUUCCCCCUGUAAAAGCUACGUCACCUUUGAUAGAAGAAACUCCCAUUGGUUCCAUAAAGGACAAGGUGAAGGCCCUUCAAAAACGAGUGGAAGAUGAACAGAAAGGGCGAAGCAAGUUGCCUGUCAGAGUCAAAGGCAAAGAAGAUGUGCCAAAAAAGAUAACACAAAGGACACAUCUAGCUGCAUCCCCCUCUCUGAAGUCCGAGAGACAUGUGCCAGCAUCACCCUCCUUGAAAACAGAAAGACACUCUUCUCUUUCCUCUUCUGCAAAAACUGAGAGGCACCCUCCAGUAUCACCAGUGAGUAAAACCGAGAAACACUCACCCUUGUCACCCUCUGCAAAAACUGAAAAGCACUCACCUGUGUCAUCCUCAAGUAAAACUGAGAAACACUCACCCUUGUCACCCUCCGCAAAAACUGAAAGACACUCCCCUGUAUCCUCUUCUACAAAAACAGAAAGACACCCACCUGUUUCGCCUUCAGGUAAAACAGACAAACGCCCACCCGGCUCGCCCUCUGGGAGAACAGAGAAACAUCCACCAGUGUCACCUGGCAGAACAGAGAAACGCUUGCUUGUAUCACCAGCUGGAAGAAUGGAAAAGCAUUCACCUGUCUCAACCUCUGGGAAAACCGAGAAGCACCUGCUUGUGUCACCUUCUGGGAAAACAGACAAGCAACCACCUGUCUCCCCCACCUCAAAAACAGAAAGAAUCGAGGAGACAAUGUCUGUUCGGGAGUUGAUGAAAGCUUUCCAGUCAGGUCAGGACCCAUCUAAACAUAAGACUGGACUCUUUGAGCACAAAUCCGCAAAACCAAAACAGCCACAAGAAAAAAGCAAAGUUCGGGUAGAAAAAGAAAAGGGGCAGAUAGUAACCCCGAGAGAAACGCAGAAAAUGGAGAGUCAGACAAUCAAACGAGGCCAGCGAUUCCUGGUCACGGGACCUUCAGAAUCCAGAAGAGCGGUCCGUGCUUCCUCCGCAGGGUUUAAGAGAGAAGAUGUAGCUGAAGGAAAGGAGAAAGCGCUCAACCACAAAACACCCGAACCUGUUCAGCCAGCACCUGAAGAAGAAAGCCAUAAAGAUAGUGAAGCCCCCAAAGAAAAGCUGGCUGAUGAACAGGGAGACAUGGAUCUCCAGAUCAGCCCAGACAGGAAAACCUCCACUGACUUUUCUGACGUCAUUAAGCAGGAACUGGAAGACAAUGACAAAUACCAGCAGUUCUGCCUGAGUGAAGAGACUGAGAAGGCGCAGCUUCACUUAGACCAAGUGCUCACUAGUCCUUUCAACACAACAUUCCCACUAGAUUACAUGAAAGAUGAGUUCCUCCCAGCCCUGUCUUUACAGAGUGGUGCCUUACAUGGCAGUUCGGAAAGCCUGAAGCAGGAAGGGGUAGCAGGUUCUCCGUGUGGCAGCCUGAUGGAAGGGACCCCUCAGAUUAGUUCAGAAGAAAGCUAUAAGCAUGAGGGCCUAGCAGAGACCCCCGAGACAAGCCCAGAAAGCCUUUCUUUCUCACCAAAGAAAAGGGAGGAGCAAAUUGAGGAAACAAAGGAAACUACCAAGUUAAAAACACCACCAGAAAUUCAUUCCGAAAAAGGACAUCCCUCAACCAAAGACGUUACUGAUGGUUCUGAAGGGCAAGGUGCUGCAGUCACGGGGGGCACAGAGCCCUCUGCUGAGUGUUUGCUGAAGGAGGUCACCCUAGACCCUUCCAAAGACACAUGCCCCCCACAAGAAGGUGACGGCCUUGGCAGUCAAGGUGUAUCAUUAGCAAAAGAAACAUCCGAAGGACUGACUGAGGAAGUGUCCUGUGAUGAAGGUCCACUUAAAUAUGUUAGUUCAGCCCAUGAGACACAAAUUGAUACUGAAGCUCAGGGAUCCACAGCCACCAAGCCCUCAGAUGAGACAAAGGCCUUGCCGCUGCCUGAUGCUGCUGUAAAGACAGGCCCAAGGGCUGAAUCAAAGCCCCAGGGAGUCACUAGAAGUCCCCAAGGGUUAGAACUUGCACUCCCUAGCCGUGAUAGUGAGGUCCUCAGCCCUGGGGCUGAUGAAUCCUUCACAGUGAGCCACAAAGACUCCCUGGAAGCCAGCCCAGUGCUGGAGGAUAACUCCUCACACAAAACUCCUGAUUCUCUGGAACCGAGUCCUCUGAAAGAAUCCCCUUGCCAUGAUUCUCUUGAAAGCAGCCCUGUUGAACCAAAGAUGAAGGCUGGAAUUCUGCCGAGUCACUUUCCCCUUCCUUCAGCCGUUGCCAAAACAGAACUCUUCACGGAAGUGGCCUCUAUGCGGUCCCGGCUGCUCCGAGACCCAGACGGCAGUGCUGAGGAUGACAGCCUUGAGCAGACAUCACUCAUGGAGAGCUCAGGGAAGAGCCCCCUUUCCCCUGACACCCCCAGCUCCGAAGAAAUUAGCUAUGAGGUCACACCCAAAACCACAGAUGCAGGCACCCCCAAACCAGCUGUGAUUCCUGAAUGUGCAGAGGAGGAUGACUCAGAAAGUGGGGAGAGAAAGAGGUUCACACCUGAAGAGGAAAUGUUUAAAAUGGUAACCAAAAUCAAAACGUUUGAUGAACUUGAACAAGAAGCAAAGCAGAAAAGGGACUACAAAAGAGAAGCCAAGCAAGAAGAGUCUUCUUCAUCCUCUGACGUAGAUGUUGACUGUUCAGCAGACAUGGAUGAAACAAAACACACGGAGAGUGUAGAGGAUGAAAGCGAUGUCCCUGUGGUUGUAACAUCAGAGAGCAGAAAGGCUUCUUCCUCCUCAGAAAGUGAACCUGAGUUGACACAGCUGAAGAAAGGUGCUGACUCAGGCCUCUUAUCAGAGCCAGUUAUUCAAGUGCAACCCCCUUCCCCACUUCCGUCCAGCAUAGACUCAAAUUCCAGUCCCGAAGAAGUACAAUUCCAGCCUGUCGUUUCCAAACAAUACACUUUUAAGAUGAAUGAAGAUACUCAGGAAGAUUCAGGUAAAUCAGAGGAAGAAAAAGAUCGUGAAUCUCAUUUACCUGAAGACAGUCAUACUGUUUCUACUGAUGGCCCAGAGAUGUCUUAUGAUGAUCUAAACAGAGAUGCUGAUCAACAAAAACUUUGUGAUGACCACGGGUAUGAAGCAGGGAGUCCCAGCGGCUCAGCCACUCCUAUCUCUUCAGGUCUCCGCAGUUCCACUGGUGAUGAUGUCAGUGAGCAGCUAGUUACCCAUAAGGAAUCAUUAGCUCUCCAAGACACUGGUGGAAAAGAUACAGAAGAAGAAGGGCUUGAUGUUUCUGGAGUCGAAUCUCCACAAGUAGAUUGCCCCAGUGAAAGCUCUUCAUCUUUGUCCUCUUUGCAUCAUUGUCCAGCAUCUGAAGCAAAAGAAUUAGAUGAAGACACAGUCUCCACAUCCUCUGCUACAAAAAUGGAGGUCACAAAACCUGACCAAGCUUUUGAGAGCUUACCAGAGGACUGGUCCACUCUAGACUCAUCCAUUACUACUCAAGCUGAUAGAUCGUCCUUGGAUGUUCCAUUGUCUGACCCAGUGGAGACUGAUGAAAUCUCUGAUCCUCAAAUCAUAAGCCCUUAUGAAAAUGUUCCUUCCCAACCUUUUUUCGCUAGUGAAGAAAGCAAAACCCAAACAGAUACAAGACACACAAGUUUUCACUCUUCUGAAGUGUCUUCUGUUACCAUCACAUCCUCCACUGAAGACGUAGAAGUGACAAGCGCCUCUGGAAGAACUGUUUCAAGUGAAGAGUCUAAUUUUGAGGACCAGAACCUGGACGUAGAACCCAAACAAGAAAGUACCUUGUGGGAAAUGCAGUCAGAUAGAGCCUCCUCAUCUUUAGAGCCAACUGUACCAAAUACAUCAACAGUUGCUGGUGAACAGAGAAGCAAAGUCAUCAUCACAAAAACUGAUGUAGAUUCUGAUUCCUGGAGUGAAAUCCGUGAGGAUGAUGAAGCCUUUGAGGCUCGAGUGAAAGAGGAAGAACAGAAGAUAUUUGGUUUGAUGGUAGACAGACAAUCGCAGGGUACCACCCCUGACACCACUCCUGCUAGGACCCCAACUGAAGAGGGGACCCCAACCAGUGAGCAAAAUCCGUUUCUCUUUCAGGAAGGAAAAUUGUUUGAGAUGACCCGAAGUGGUGCCAUUGAUAUGACCAAAAGGUCCUAUGCAGAUGAAAGUUUUCACUUUUUCCAAAUUGGGCAAGAAUCCAGGGAAGAGACUCUCUCUGAAGACAUGAGAGAAGGGGGUACUGGUGCUGAGCCCCUACAGCUGGAGACAUCAGCUGAGUCAUUAGCACUCUUAGAAUCGAAAGAAACAGUGGAUGACGAAGCAGAGCUACUCCCAGAUGACCUGAGUGAGGAAGUAGAAGAAAUACACGCUUCAGAUGCUCCACUUAACUCCCAAAUGGAGAUUUCAGCCUCCAUUGAAACAUCAAUGAAAGAGGCAACUUCUGUGGGAGCUGAGGACCUCCCCUCCAUGGGAAUGGGUGACACACCUCCCCUGUCCAGUGUGAAGCAGACAGCUUGCCCCGACUCCCCUAAACCGGUUGGACAAGUUCAGUUAGAUUUUUCCACAGUCACUAGGUCUGUAUAUGCAGAUCGGGGUGAUGAUUCUCCCGAUUCAUCCCCAGAGGAACAGAAAUCAGUCAUUGAAAUCCCUACUGCACCCAUGGAGAAUGUGCCUUCUACUGAAAGCAGGUCCAAAAUCCCUGUAAGGACUAUACCCACUUCAACCCCAGCACCUCCAUCUGUGGAGUAUGAGAGCUCCCUUUCUGAAGAUUUUCUACCCAGCCUGGAUGAGGAAAGUAAACAGGAUGAAACAAAACCAAAGUCUAAAAUCCCCACGAAAGUGCCCGUCCAAAGAGUCGAGCAGCAGCCUUCGCAUCUAGACCUGUCUCUACAGAAAACAGAGGCUCCUCAGGGACAGGACAUGACAAGCAGAGCGCCAAGUAAUAGAAGCAAACCUGAAUCUGAUGCCAGUUUGGAUGCAAAGACCAAAUGUCCAGUAAAAACUAGAAGUUACACUGAGACAGAAACAGAAAGCACAGAGUGGGCAGAGGAGCUUGAGUUAGAAUCAGAGGAAGGGGCCACAAAACCAAAGAUAUUUGCAUCCCGAUUGCCAGUAAAGAGCAAAAGCACCACAUCUUCCUGCAGGGGGCCCACGAGCCCCACAAAAGAAAAUAAGGAGCAUUUCUUUGACCUUUACAGGAACUCCAUAGAAUUCUUUGAGGAGAUUAGUGAUGAGGCUUCCAAGUUAGUGGAUAGACUUACACAGUCAGAAAGGGAGCAGGAGUUAGUUUCAGAUGACGAAAGUAGUAGUGCCCUGGAAGUUUCAGUAAUUGAAAAUCUGCCACCUGUUGAGACCGAGAACUCAAUUCCUGAGGACAUCUUUGACACAAGGCCCAUUUGGGAUGAGUCCAUUGAGACUCUGAUUGAACGCAUCCCUGAUGAAAAUGGCCAUGACCAUGCUGAAGAUCAACAGGAUGAGCAGGAACGGAUUGAGGAAAGGCUGGCUUAUAUUGCUGAUCACCUUGGUUUCAGCUGGACAGAAUUAGCAAGAGAACUGGAUUUCACUGAGGAGCAAAUUCAUCAAAUUCGAAUUGAGAACCCUAACUCCCUCCAAGACCAGAGUCAUGCACUAUUGAAGUAUUGGCUGGAAAGGGAUGGGAAACAUGCGACAGAUGCCAGUCUCAUUGACUGUCUCACCAAGAUCAACCGAAUGGAUAUUGUCCAUCUCAUGGAGACCAGCACAGAGCCUCUCCAGGAGCGCAUCAGUCAUAGCUAUGCAGAGAUUGAACAGACCAUUACGCUGGAUCACAGUGAAGGGUUCUCAGUACUUCAAGAGGAGCUAUGCACCGCCCAGCACAAGCAGAAACAGGAGCAAGCUGCUUCUAAAGAGGACGAGUCCUAUGAUCACCCUCCCAUCGUCUCGGAGGAAGACAUUUCUGUCGGUUACUCCACUUUUCAGGAUAGCAUCUCCAAAACUGAGGGCGACGGCUCAGCAACAGAGCUCCUUCCCCAGACUCACAAGGAACAAGUUCAACAGGAUUUCUCAGGGAAAAUGCAAGACCUGCCUGAAGAGUCAGCCCUCGAACAGCAGGAAUACUUUGUGACAACCCCAGGGACAGAAGUGUCAGAGACUCAAAAGGCUAUGGCAGCAUCUGGCUCUCCCACCAAGACACCUGAGGAAAUCAGCAGCCCUACUGAGGAGGAGAGGCCAUAUCUCCAGACCCCGACAUCAAGUGAGCGGGGAGACUCUCCCAUUGUGCAAGAACCCGAAGAGCCCCCAGAACGUAGGGAAGAGAGUUCGCCUCGAAAAACCAGCCUCGUGAUAGUGGAGUCUGCCGAUGACCAGCCACAGGCCUUUGAAAGGCUCGAUGAAGAUGCUGCUUUUCAAAAGGGAGAUGAUAUGCCUGACAUACCCCCGGAAACAGUCACAGAAGAAGAAUACAUCGAUGAGCAGGGACACACUGUGGUAAAGAAGGUUACUAGGAAAAUCAUUAGGCGGUACGUCUCCUCUGAUGGCACAGAGAAAGAAGAGAUUACGAUGCAGGGAACACCACAGGAUCCCAUCAACAUUGAGGAAGGGGAUGGCUAUUCCAAAGUCAUAAAGCGCCUUGUGUUAAAGAGUGACACUGAACAGUCGGAGGACAACAAUGAGUAAAGCCAGAACCCAGAAGAGGGCUGUGGUGAAGGACCAGCAUGGAAAACGCAUUUACCUGGAGCACCUGGAGGAUGUCCCAGAAGCAUUAGACCAGGACGACCUCCAGCAUGACCUCAAGCGACUCCUUCGGCACUUCUGCAAGGAGGACAUGAAGCAAGAGGCCAAAUGAGAGGCUGUCCAAUUCUCACACCAGAAACCACACAUUCACUCGAUAUGCAACUUCCCGUUUCAUUAGAGGAGUGAACUAACUGGCUUGAUGAAUGGGAUUUCCACCCUUAGCAUAUACACUGCAUUUUGUUUGAGUUUUUCCCCAUCCUCUUUAACUGUAAGCUAAUUUGUGACCAAAGAUAGCAUCCUUCAUCCUGGAUGCUGUACCCACUCCUUUGUUGUGUCUGUGCUCACCUGGGACCUGGCCACCUCCAUUAUUCUUCUUGGCUUCUGCACAAGCUCCAUGAAAAUCCAUUGAACAGAAGAACUUCACCUGCAGACCUCUUCAAAUGACGAUACCUAGGAAUCCUUCAAAGAGAUACCCAUGUACAAUAUAUAUAGCUAAAAUGCUCAGACGAACAACAUAUUAAAACCACUGCCUGUCGUAACUACACUGGGCAUCACGGAAUAAAAGGCCUCUAGGAAUUGCUGAACAAUGGUUCACUAAGAUAUUGCUAACACAAUCGAACGUAAUACAGUUCUCCUGCAAAAGAAGCACUUCAGACCUACCAUGUCCUUAGAACUUCCAGAGUAGCCCUGGCUCCUAGUGAAAGAUGGGUUCAUAACCUUGAAGAACUGUCCUAACUAAGCACUUAUUGCUGGUGCUGGCCAGCUGUGAUUUAUGACUCUCCAGCAGCCACUGAGGGAGGGGAGGAAGGGAGAAGUGGCAACGAGGUGAAGCAGUGAGGUAUUCAGUUGCCAGCAGUGGCAUCCUGCAGCUGUCUAGCAUCUUCAGGUCCUUUAGAUUUGGGACAUGUUGGCAGGGUAUUUUAAAAAGCUAUAACUACUGUAGUUUUCCAGUUUUCAUUGCUGCUUUAGCAAACCACGCUGUCUUAUUGGUGGUACUUUCUCCUGGCCACUGCACUGUAGAUAAUUCAUUGGAAACAAGAUUUGCCCCCUACACAAACGGUUAAACUCCUUCACCGUGUUGGAGUGGUUUCUUUCAUUUUUUUCUUCCAGGUUUAUAUCUUCUCUAAUACCUGCAUGUAGCAUUUAAGAAUCAAACCACAGUUCAAACCCAUCUUCUAAUCACAUUGAUGGUUUUCAUUCUUUUUACCCUGAGCAAGCACUUUUCACUUUUCAGCUAGGUCUGUUUUUUAGCUUGCAGACGAGAUUGAGAAAUCCUGAAAAUUUUGGUUUGGGUUAAAAUUUUGGGUUUAUUUAUUUGAAAUCCAAACUCCCUUGGAAACCUUGAAGUGCAUUUGUGCACUUUCCUGUUUGUUUGUUUCAAAGAAGGGACUUUAAUCAUCUGAGUGAUUUCAUGUCCUAUUCCUUAUUCCUCUAGUGGUGGAAGCUGUGUAGCAUUUUAACAUAUAUAUAUAUUCACAAAUAUAUUCAUAUAAACAGUAUACAUUUUGAGUCAGUUAUUUGUUAAAGAAAAGUAUAUUCAAUGAAGAUGAAAUUAAAAAAUUUUGAAAACCAGAGUCUAUCCUCCAGGGAUUAAACAUUUUCGAAUUCUAUCUGGUCUUUUCCUGUUGUGCAAAAAUGACUCAUUGUUCUGAAUGUCAAAAACAAAGAUGACAAACAAUGGCAUUUCAUCAUUUCAAGUAAUUUUGCCAAGAGAGAAGAUUUCCUGGGAGGGAGGUUUCCCACAAGCCAAAUCUCCUAAGCCUUGAAUGCUAGCACGUUUGGCAGCUGGAUAGGAAAGAGAGCAUCUUUGGCAGCCAACAUGAAGGAGGCCAAUGGUGAAACAUUUUGGACGUACCAUGGCCUCCUUGUCUACACCUUCACUGGAGCUCAAGAAAAGCGUUUCUGUUGUGUGAUUUGCAGUGCAGACGAUGUCUGUGUAACAACAUAAUGGUUAAUCCCCUUUUUUUGAUUUUGAUUUUUGCUGUGUAAUCAAAAAACUUGAAUAAUGUGAGAAGAAGUGAAUUUUCAGUUGAUGAAUCAGCAUCUUGUUCCCAUGGUGAUAACACUAAUUGAAUAUAUCUAUGAGGGCAUGUAUUAGUUAAUGGAAAAAAAUACAACACUAACAAUACAUAGCUGCAAUGUGUACAAUGGCUGAUUUAAUUAAAUAAAAUGUACAAGUGUUAAGUGUG